AUGAAUAUUUCAAAUUCAACUAUUCAAUUAUUUGAAUUUAAUGAAUCCAUUGAUCCAAUCUGGUUAUCUACAUUAAUUCUACUUGGUUCUGUAUCAUUAUUAGGUACAAUUGGUAAUUUACUUGUAUUAGGUGUUUAUAUACAACAACAUUUUUGGCCACAUUUACAUUUAAAAUAUAGACAUAUUUAUUAUAAACAAAAAUUAAGUUUAUUAAAUACUAAUGAAUUAUGUAAUACAUCAUAUCUUAAUGAGGAUAAUGGAAAUCAUAAUAGUCAUAUUAUACAAAUUCAUGAAUCUAAUGAACAAUUAUUUACUAAAACAACAGGUACACCAACAUUUUUUAUUCUUGUCUUAGCAUGUGUUGAUUUAAUGGUAUGUUGUUUUGUUGUACCAUUAACAUUCUAUAUGGAAUAUAUACAUUUACAACCUUCGACAGAUAUAUGGUGUAAAGCGCAUGCAUUUUUAAAUAUAUGUAACAUCAUGUUUAGUUCAUUGUUAAUUAUAGCUAUUGCAUUAGAACGUUAUCUAACUAUAUGUCAUCCAUUACGUCGUAUAUUAACAAUGAAACGUGCCAAAUAUUUAACUUUAAGUUUAGCAAUUUUUUGUAUUGUAUAUGGUAUACUUGGUGCAUUACAUCAUAGUUUAGGUGUAACUAAAGAUGAACCAGAUAUUCAACAAUGUUGUGAUACACCAGAAAUAUCUAAUGUUACUUAUAUACAAAUAUUAACUUAUGAUAUAUUACAAAAAGGUAAUACAGCUAGUUUUAUUUUAUCUAUUUUAUCAGUGAUUAUAUUAUAUUCAUUAAUAUUACGUGUUGUUAUUAAAACUCAUCGAGCUCAACGUUAUUCCCCGAUGGUCAGUAAUAAUAUCCCAUAUAAAACAGUAAUAAUGAAUCAUUCAAACAUAAAUCAGAAAUCUAUCAUGUCAUCAAAUGAUUUAAACAAUAACAAUCAAGAUACUACUUAUAAUACUACUUAUAAUAAUAACAACAUUGAACAUUCAACAAAUCCUCCUCCUCCUUCAACUCCUUCUCAACAUCAUCGGGAUCAUCGUAAAAGUAUAACUAAUCGAAUUAAAAUGAAUAUAUCUAUUAAAAAUAUAACAGAAAGUACAUUAUGGAGAGAGAUACGUUCAGCUAGUGUAUUAUUUGUUAUAGCUGUUGUAUAUAUAAUUGUAUUUACCCCGGCAUUAUUAACAGCUAAUAAAUUAAUAAAAUUUAAUUUACUUGCAUAUAAUACUUAUUAUUUAAAUAAUAUGUCAAAUCCAUUAAUUUAUUGUUUUAUGAGUAAUGCAUUUAGAAAAAAAUUAAAAAUUUUAUUUUUUAAUAGUAUUAGAUCAUGUAAAUGUUAUCAUAAUAAUAAUAAGAAUACUAAAGUACUUCAUCCACAUCAUCUACAUCAUCGUCAUCAUCUUCAACAUCCUCAUCGUCAUCAACGAUAUCAACGUCGUAAACAACAACAUUUAAGAGCAAGGGAAUUAAUCAAUAAUAUUAGUAAUAAUAAUGAUAAUAAUAAUAAUAAUGAUAUUAUUAGCAAAACAAAUAGUCCCGAAUCAGAAUAA